AUGGUCUCGUUGUUUGGCAAGAAAAAGGAUGGUAUGACACUACGCCCACGAGUACGACGUGCAACGCCGCUUAUGGAUGUGGGACUUGCAGUUGUUUUGGGUGCUGUUACGGGUGUGUACAUCUUUAAAGAUUCAAUGCAGCGCUGGCAGAUCUCAGAGGGUGAAUACGUGGCAACGGAAGUGAACAAGGCUACUCUGACUGCUCAAAACGCACAUGCUACGACGACACAAGAUGGAACAAGAAAUUAA